AAAACCUCUCUCGACCCUCUGCAUCAACCAUCCCCGACCCGCCCUCACCCAACACACGCCAAUUCCCUUCUGUGACGACACCCACAUCCACAAUGUUCCGCACAAACAUCCUCCGCCAGGCCGUCCGCGCCGCCGCCCGCCCUGUCACCGUCACCCCCCGUCUUGCCCUCCGCGCUGCUGCUCCUCGCGUUGCCGCCGCCCCCGUCUUCCGCGCCGUCUCUGUCCGCAUGUACGGCGCCUCGGCUGGCCUCAAGAAGGAGGAGGUUGAGGGCCGCAUCAUGAGCCUGCUCCAGGGCUUCGACAAGGUCAACGAUGCCUCCAACAUCAAGGCUACUGCUCACUUCGCCAACGACCUUGGCCUCGACUCCCUUGACACCGUCGAGGUCGUCAUGGCCAUUGAGGAGGAAUUCAGCAUCGAGAUCCCCGACAAGGACGCCGAUACCAUCCACUCCGUCGACAAGGCCGUUGAGUACAUCCUCAGCCAACCCGAUGCCAACUAAGCAUCUUCGCAAAAUCGACAAAAUGUUAGCCGUCUCCCUUGGCUAGGACGACCUCCCCCCGUUCGCCGGCUCCGGCCGGUAUUUUUUCCUGUACAAUAACAACCACGCCUUUCGUCUGCUUUGUUUCAUUCUACAUGCAACCAUGGGGGUACCUUGGACGGGGGGGCGUCGUAUGGACGAGGGCUUUUUUUCUGCGGUUUCCCGUAGAAGCCGGCACCACGUUCCUGGGAUGCGUGGAUAAUUUUUAUUUAAAAAAGUGUUGGUGAAGAAGGGGAAGGUUUUCUUUUGGAAGAAAGAAGAACGAAAUCAUUUGUUUUCUUUUGUCUCUUGUACUAGUGUAUAGAAAGCAUUUCAUGCCAUAUUCUACUCAAGCUUGCUCGCUCCCUCGCCCUCUGCUACCGCCCUUGAUCCGUAAUCCCGUACUUUUCUCAUACCAUACCAUACCCUUUUUUGGUUGUUGUAAUUCACGUUGCAGAAAUCAGCAAAAUAAAAGGCAAGUAACCAUUAAAAAACCAAGUCUCUAGAUACUCCAAAAAACACGCAAAACAGACAUAUAUUUGUUUCCCAAAGCGCCGAGUCUACAAUACAUCCAAGCAUGAGACAAAAUAAAAUAGCAAGACGAGCUGGCAGCCGCUAGCAGCAAAAAGAAAGCGUUGGAACAUGCCAUAAUUGGGCGUGUUCUGUGAGGAUGCAAGCUGAGUGAUGGAAAAUGAAAAGUGUGCAAAAGAGUGCCGUGCCGUGUGGCCGUCGUGGUGUGAUGCCUCGUUUCGCAACGAGGACUAGAUACAAGAUGCCUCUGUCUUUGUAGAGGCGCGGUAUAUCGAAACAAACAACGCCAAAACAACGCAAUUGCUUCUAUGAGGCUAGCAGAAUCAGAUAGCUGUAAACACUAGGAGUCAAUCUCAAAGCGUCACCCUAGCUGCUAGUGGUGGGAGCAGCAGGCGCUGUAGGUUUGGCUUCCUUGCCUGAUGGAGCCUUGGCUGCUGCCGCAACACCGGCAUAGCUGGCCAUGCCUAAGCCGGCCGAUGUGCGCUUGCGCAUUCUUGCUGCUGGCUCAUCCUCUUCCUCCAUGCUAAAGACAAACGCUGAGUCCUCUUCAUCGAUUGGAGUCGUUAAACGCCCGGUGACUGCAGAGUUGAUGCUUCCUGUCGAGACGUGGCGUUCGAUGCCGGCGCGCUCCUUGCCAAUUGGCGCAGGGCCUCGAGCAGAGGAUGGGUGAAGGCGAGAGUUGGAGGUAUCAUCUAAGCGGCUAUCCUGAAGUUGCUGCGACAAGACAGACAUGGAAUCGCUGCCGAUGCGCAUCGAGGGUCUGUUGGAGCCAAUAGAUCCAGCUAGGUUGCCUUUGUUCAUUUCCUGGGCAAGGGUCGAGUUGCGCAGAGGGCUGCCGACAUGUCCAAAGGCCGACACAGCUCUGGCCGAUCGUGAGAGCUCUUCCUCUUCCUUUUGACGCUGGAACAGAGGACCCCAACGACUCGGGCUGGUUCCAAUCGGGCUGCCGUACUUGGUGAGGAUGUCGGCACCA